AGACAAUAUUUCUUUCAUUAUGUAUAUAUGAUAUAUGUAAAUUGCAAUAAUUAAAAUCGGCAGUAGCAUUUAUAUAAAUAAUAAAGAACUUAUCUAUAUAUUAAUGUAUUAUUCUAAUAACUUUCUUUGAUCAUUCUAAAUUUUUGAACGGUUCGAUCAGUUUGCUUACUGCUAUUGAAUACAGUCAUAGUUAAAUACGCGUAAGAUUUUGUAAUUGCACUUUUUUUUUGAAAUAAUAGUUUAAUAAUAUCUUAUAAAAAUAAAAAAUUUUAACAUAACAAUGAGUGAAAAAAAUAUGAAAAUAUCUAUAAACGAUGUUGGUGUGUCAAAUGAAUUUUCAAUAAAAAUACGAAUUGAUUCAUUGAUCAAAAAGUUUUUUGAUGAAAAUAUUAUUGAUAAGAAAUCUAGAGAGCAAUUGUAUUCUUGGAGAUCUCAAGAUACUAAACUAUCUGUUAGUAAUUGGUCAAAAAAUGCAACCUAUAAUGAUUUACAGAAAAAAAUAAAAUUUUUAAAACAAACUAUCUUACAAUAUGUAAAAAUUGAUCAUAUUUACAAACAAAAAUUAGGAAAUUUAGAACUGCUAAGAACACAAAAAGAACAAAAAGAUUGGGAUGAUAUUAAAUGUACAAUUGCAUUAUAUGAUAAAAACUUUUCCCAUGGACAAUUGAGAUAUUCUACUCUGAAUCUAACAAAAGAUAUUAAGGAUUAUUACCAAAAAUACAAAAUAUUAUGUAAAGAAGUUAGAAAUAUGAAAGAUGAAUUAAACAAAUUUACAAUGCAGUACAAUGUAGAUUGGAUAAAUAUUAAUUCCAAUCUCAUUAACUUGUCUAAUGUAAUUAAUAAUAUAAAAAACAAAAAUACUGUUUCACUAAGUGCUACUAGAUCUGCAGAGGAUACAUUACAAGAAUUACGAAAUAAAUUGAAACAAACUGAAAUAGUCUUGCGAGAUCGCAAAAAGAUAAAGGAGAAUGAAUUUUUCAGAAAUAUUUCUUAGAAAAGGUAUCAUUUGUAUGAAAUAAAUAUUGCUUACAUCUGUAUAUUA